AUGUCUCUGGACAACGUACGACCAGCAGACUCCUUGCACUCAAAUCCAGAACAGCCACCCUCAACAUCACCCUCAACGUCACCACCAAAUCCCUCCGAAUUGAUCGUUCUGCGAAAUACUUCCACACAGGCUCCGAACAUUACUCUCAACCGAAACCACAAAGCAACUGAAGGUCAAUUACUGGUAGCUGCUUGCUUUGGGAUCAUACUUCAACUCGGAGUCUUGGUAUACUUUGCGUUCAUCACUUACUAUCCAACUUUGAAGUUCAAGAAAGAUGACAAAGAUAUUGUGGGGUAUGCAUUUCCUCUGGCUAGUGGUGGUACUAUUUUCCUUGUCCUAGGCAUGUUGCUAUGCGCCCAUGUUGUCGAUCAUAGUACCGAAGAGGAGAGAUAUGAGCCUUCUAAAGACCAUAUGAUGAGGAUGAUCUGGCUUCAGGAAAAGCAGACUAUUAGCGACCAAGCUUUUCAUUCAUUCGCAUUAUUUCCACGGCGAUUUACUCAAGUCAUCACCACCUCGCAGAGAAAGAAAAAGGGACGAACACCCGAGGAAUAUGAGAAAGAAGCAUCAAUGUCGCCCGGAGUCGAAGACAAAGUCCGAAAAGGGGACUCCACGGUUCGGCAGCGUGCCAGGCAAUUGAAGGCUUCCCAAACAGAAAAGACUAUUUGCCCAGAAGAGCAGGAAAGCCCGUCGAUCAACCUUUGCGUCAUCGCAACAUUGGUAUGUCUUAUGGGAUUCUUUGUACAGUUCAUUGGCCUUAGGGAGAUGCAUUGGUCCGCGUCAGUCGGACAACUUGUUGUGGUCAUAAUCAUGACGAUUAUUCGAGCUUGGAUUCGUCGAGGAUUUACUGCACGUAUGUAUGACCGAGAAUUGCGAAACGGGUUCGAACUUGACGGGCUGGCUUUAGCCUUGGGAGACCCCGAUUUGGACAAGAGUCCUGGAUCUAUCGCCGAUGAAAAAGGGGUUGAUUUUGGGUUGUCUAAGAAACGGACCUGGACAGUAGAGAUCAAUGAGGAUGAGGAACCAUACCCAAUUAUACGACAGCCGGAUCGCAGUACCACGCAGGACACAAAUGCGGGCGCUCUGAAAUCAGGACUGGUAGUUAAUCGAGGAACCAACGAAGCUCAGGAGAUUUUGGACAUCCGGAGACAUCUAGCACGGCUAUCGCAGUGGCAGGCCCGGCAUCAAGAGCGGCGAAUUCUCUUGCCAAGGCGAUAG